AUGGCGAGGGUUUUUCUUCUAGUGGCGCUCAGCAGGUCCAUGGAUGUCAAUUUGCUGGGAGAUGAGUGUGCUUCGGGCCUGGAGGACAAUUGCGGAGUCUCGAUGUUGCAGCGUCGAAGCAAACAGAUGUUUUCAGCCAGCGGAGAUGCUGAUGCUGCUGCACUGGAGGAAGCCUUCCUGGAGGUGGUCACCGGGCCACCAAGCUUUGCUUCUUGCAACGGUUUGAGCUACGACAAGUCGCAGCAGAGCUGCUGCGGAGGGACGCUCUACUCUCUGACGUCCGAGGGCUGCUGUGGAAAUCGCAGCGUCUAUGCUUUUGCCCGACAAGGCUGUUGCAACAAUGACCAUGUCUUUACUUAUGGCGAGGAGAUCUGCUCCGAAGCUUCGGCUCCUCCUGGGCAGAAUUCAGAGUUCAGUUGCGCUGCUGACUGGCCUCCAGAGACCUACAGCAACUAUUGGCGCCGCUACUGUGCUGCAGGACAUCACAUGGCCUGGGCCAUGACGGAGUCGUGCAAAGUUGGAUGGCUCUCCGUGCAACAGAGCAGUAUCGAGCAGGCCGAGGCAAAAGCCCUGGAGGCCUGCAACAAGAAGGCCGCCGCUUUCGACGGCGAGACCUGCAAGAUUUUUGACAGAGAUGGCGGCGAAUGCCGAAGGCAGCGCUGCGGCGCGGACAUCUACGAUGCAUCUGUGAAAGCAUGUUGCGGAGGGCGAGUGAUCGAUCGAGUCGCGGAGGGCUGCUGCAGCGGCGUGGCCUUCAAAGUCCAAAGCCAGGGCUGCUGCCAGGGCCGGGUCUACUCCAAGGCCUCGUACAGUUGCUGCGGUGGCAAGGUGCUCUAUGAUUCUGGAGCGCAAGGAUGCUGCUUACAAAACGGCCCUCAGGUCUACAAAUUUGGUGUGCAGAAUUGCUGUCGGCGUCCGAAGGGCGUUUGCCGAAUUCGGCCUGGCCAAUACAGCUGUUGCCACUGA